CGACGAAGAAGACGUACGGAGAACAUUUUGAAACCAGGCCACCAUCACGACCUGCGAUGGAGAGUUGCUAACAUUAUAAAAGGUUACAUAAUACCGAAAAUUGAGAUUUAAUCGAAUCUUUUUGUGAUCUACCAGGAGGAAGGCGACGGGACGAGUCUCUUCCGAAGGCCGUUUUUCGGGAUAGUUUGACUUUGGCACAUCAUUUCAGCUUUCAUAAACGGAUCAUCAUGGCUGAUGAUUUUGACGUUGAGGCCAUGCUGGAGGCUCCAUACAGAAAGGAUGAGAUCAAGUCCUCUCAUGCAAAUGGACAUGAUGAUCAGAGUAAGAAGAAAAGGAGGAGCCGAAGCAGGAGCCGGAGCCCUGGCUCUCGGAAAAGAAGAAGCAAGAGCAGGAGCAGAGACCGUAAGAAGGGUAAGAAGAGGAGCAGGAGCAGAGAAAGAAAACGAAGUCGCAGCAGAGAGCGCCAUCGCAGCCGCUCCAAGAGCAAGGAACGCUCUGGCCGGUACAGAGCUCGCAGAAGCCCUAUCCGGAAGCGUUCCAAAAGUCGAAGCCCCUUCAAGAAAGAAAAGAGUCCUAUCAGGCAACCAAUUGACAAUCUAACACCAGAGGAGAGGGACGCCCGAACAGUUUUCUGCAUGCAGCUCGCUGCACGAAUCAGAGCUCGAGACCUAGAAGACUUCUUCUCAGCUGUUGGAAAAGUAAGAGAUGUAAGAAUGAUUUCAGACAGAAAUUCUCGGAGGUCAAAGGGCAUUGCAUACAUAGAGUUUGUGGAGGCUUCCUCUGUGCCCCUCGCUAUUGGACUUACCGGUCAGAGGUUGUUGGGAGUGCCCAUCAUUGUGCAAGCCUCUCAGGCAGAGAAAAACAGGGCUGCAGCCGCCGCCAACAAUCUGCAGAAGGGCAGCUCGGGUCCAAUGCGCCUCUAUGUGGGCUCGCUCCACUUCAAUAUCACAGAAGAAAUGCUUCGAGGGAUCUUUGAGCCUUUUGGAAAGAUCGAAGGAAUACAGCUCAUGAUGGACAGCGAGACUGGACGAUCCAAAGGAUACGGCUUUAUUUCAUUUGCAGAUGCAGAAUGUGCAAAAAAGGCUUUGGAGCAGUUGAAUGGCUUUGAGCUUGCAGGGCGGCCAAUGAAGGUGGGGCAUGUUACAGAGCGCUCCGACUCAUCGACGGCCAGCUCUUUCCUGGACAACGAUGAACUAGAAAGGACCGGCAUCGACCUCGGCACCACAGGACGUCUACAGCUUAUGGCUCGGCUGGCAGAAGGAACUGGUCUCAAGAUUCCUCCUGCUGCUCAACAAGCUCUGCAGAUGACUGGGUCCAUACCGUUUGGAAACAUCACUGCUCCACCAGCUGUUCCAACCCCUGCGCCAAGCCAAGCAUUGAACCUCCCAUCACAGCCACUGGCCACACACUGCCUCCAGCUGUCCAACCUGUUCAACCCACAAGCGGAAAACGAUCCUGGUUGGGCAACAGAGAUCCAAGAUGAUGUCAUUGAAGAGUGUAACAAACACGGAGGGAUUGUUCACAUUUAUGUCGACAAGAAUUCUCCUCAAGGUAAUGUGUACGUGAAAUGCCCAUCAAUACCUGCAGCGAUGGCCACUGUAAAUGCACUUCAUGGACGCUGGUUUGCAGGCAAAAUGAUAACGGCUGCCUAUGUUCCCCUACCGACCUACCACAACCUUUUCCCCGAUUCUGUAACAGCGAAGCAGCUUCUAAUGCCGGCACGUCGAUAGUCUGAGACCCAACUCGAGAGUCAUUGUACAUACUUUCGUUUUCAGUCAAUGAGACAGCAGCAUUGAAACUAGUUGGCUGUGUGUAAUAAAGUUGCCUCAAGUUCAUGUGCUCACUUUUUUGAAAAUUAGGCAGUUCUGAGUUGCAUUUUGAAUUUUUUUUUUUCUCUUGUGGUUUUGUGUUGUAAACUACCACUGAAAGUAAUCUGCAGGUAUCUAUUGUUCUAAGUUUUUAAAUAUGACUGUCUUAAUUGCUUGUUAAAAUCAGCCGUUUUAGAUUAAAAUAUAUUGCAAAGAGUUACAAAAUGUGUUGGUUAAUAGGCCUUAAAUGCCAAAAAUAUCAAUGUCAACAUUUACCCUUUGUAACUUUUUACAGCCAUAAUUUCAUUUUUUGUAUGAAGGCUCCCAAUAAACUUUGGCAAAUUUCAAUUCA